AUGGUUCCUCAGUGGAUUUGUUGCUCGUUCUUCCUGCUCACCUUCACCGGGAUCACAUGCAAUGCCUUCUUGACUCACGUCACCCGCCAAGAGCUGUACCAUCAGAUCGCCAACAAACACCUCAUCAGCGAGGCGCAAUUUGGACAGCUGAUCAACGUCCCAACCUCCGGGGUCUACCAAGAACUGGUGGCAAAGGACUGCAGAGCAGUGUACUUGAACUUAAGAAGGAGAAGUGGACUCUACGUCAUCUGGCCCAAAAACUCCCCCCCGCUGGCGGUGUAUUGUGACCUCAGCUCCGACGGGGCCGGCUGGACUGUUCUGCAGAGGAAAAUGCCCGGAGACCACACCUCCUUCGGGUCACAUGACUGGCAGGAAUACAGAGAUGGAUUUGGUGACCUCCAGGGCAGUCACUGGCUGGGCAAUGAGUUGAUCUAUCUGCUCACCAGGCAGAGCGCCUUCACUGUCAGGUUCCUCUUGGUGGACAGUCAGGAUAAGCAGCACUAUGCCGACUAUUCAAGCUUCAGGGUGGACAGCGAGGCCAGCGGAUAUUCCCUGAGGUUGGGCGAGUACUCCGGCAACGCUGGCGAUGCCCUCACUGCCUGGAACGAGACAGGAACUCAUGACAACAUGAAGUUCUCCACCAGGGACAAGGACAACGACCGGUGGGACCGCAACUGUGCUGCUGAAUUGAAAGGCGGGUGGUGGUUCCACAGUUGUCGCUCGGCUCUCCUCAAUACGGACGGCGAGGUGUACUGGGGCGACAUAUGCCAUGAGAAGAACCCCUGUAAAACCACCGGGAUUAUGAUAAAGCCGGGCCGCAAGAACUGCUCCCCCAUACCGCUGCCUGGAGCUGGCGACUAUUAUCCCAUCCAUUACAGCUAA